GUUGAACUUCAUGAGUUCCCCUACACCGAAGCGUCCCUUAUCUCUCGCAACCACCUCUUCCUCGCCGCAAUUAUAAUUGUAAAAGAAGCGAACUGCAGAGAGAGUUGUUCUACUUCUCCAUUUUGAGUUGUCAAAUUUGCCUCCCUGUACUCCCUACCCCUGGCAUAAUAUCAUUGUAACAAGACACUUACACGAUAUCUAUACACACACUUGUAAGCGCGGGGCGAAACCGACAAGGUUACCUCGAGAUGCAAGCAUUUCGAUAUUUGCCCACCGCCAGUCUUCUGACACUUCUGCAUACCUACCUUACCUAUCGGCGGUUUUCGUUUCAUGUCCCUUCCCUCCUUUCCCAUUGCUACUUCAUCCCACAAAAGACAAGGGCACACACAUCAUCUAGACAUGGGCAGAUCAUCCAGACGUACCCCCGGUCACAUUGCCCACGUGAAGCAAAGAUACCUUACCUCGCAACGUCGGGCAAAAGAGAGAGAGAGGCGGCGGCAGCGGCUUGUCCACUUCGCUUUGCCCGAUACCCAAUGAACUUUGAAGACAUUCUCGUCCCGUCCCUAUCCACACUCCCAAGUUCCCAAACAUGCCGCGGUCCUUUAACCAAUAUCCUCACACCGAUAUUUGGCGCUCGCAUUUCCUUUUCCCUUCCCCCGGUCCAAGAGGAAGGGGGUGGUUGGUCACGCGCGGAGAUGACUCUUCGAGGUUCAAACUUCAAUCUCAUCUUUGUGUGUGAUUAUACAUAUCGGAAGGCACUUCAUCCAUCUCGUCACGGCGCGUAGCGAGGCAAAGUACUCAAAAGUACCUGGUUGUCUG